AUGUUUUGUCGGUUUUCUAGAGUUGCUCCAAGAUUGACUAGAAGCUUCUCUUCUGGCACUUCUGCGAAGAAGUCCACUAGUCUUUUUAAAUUCGUUGUUGCUGCAGGAGUAGGAGGAUGUGCCCUGUGGUAUAGUUGGGAUACAAUUCGAUCCACAAAAUUGUACUGGUGGGCAGCUGACAAAGCGAUGCCCAUGGUGAGACUUUUAGAUCCAGAAACAGCUCAUCGUGCUGGUGUUUUGCUGGAAAAAUAUCAUUUAGCACCUAUUGAUCGAGAGACUUAUCCCGAAUUACGAACCUCCUUGUGGGGUUUGAACUUUUCUCAUUGUGUGGGACUUGCUGCCGGUUUCGAUAAGCAAGCCGAGGCCAUUAACGAGAUCUUCAAGAGUGGUUUGAGUUUUCUGGAAGUGGGGGGCAUUACUCCCAAAGCGCAACCUGGAAACCCGUCUCCGCGUAUGUUCCGCCUGACGGAGGACAGAGCGAUCAUUAACCGGUUCGGUCUGAACAGUGAGGGACAUGAGGUCAUCGUUCCCCGUCUGCAGAAAGCUUUCAUGCAGCAGCAGCGUGAACGCCGAGGACUCAUAGGCGUGAACCUUGCAGACAACAAGGGAACGGCGGAUCCUGUGAACGACUACAUUCUUGGCAUUCAAAACUGCGGUCCUUACUGCGAUUUCAUGGUUCUGAAUAUCUCCUGCCCAAACCAGGUAGGAACGACUGCCUUGCAGCAGGAGGACCGUCUCCGCGAGAUGCUGGGUCGUAUCAAAGAGGAACUGGAGAAGCACCCGCAGCAUCCUCCUCUUCUCGUGAAGUUGUCGCCCGAUCUGCUUCCGGACGAGCGAGAUAUCCUUUCUAUCUGAAGCAGUUGAGCGCGAGUGGUCCUUGACAGACACAGCAGAUCGCGCGGUUGGUGUUGGAGUACAAAGUGGACGGUAUGGUGAUCAGCAACACCACGGUUUCGCGUCCCGCCUCUCUCAAGAGCGAGUUCAAAACGCAGAAAGGAGGACUUAGCGGCGAGCCCUUGCGCGAGAAGAGCACGGAGACCAUUCGAGAAAUGUACCGAUUGACGAAGGGCCAAGUCCCGAUCAUUGGCGUUGGCGGCAUCGCAAGCGGAGCGGACGCGUAUGAGAAGAUCAAGGCCGGAGCGAGCGUGGUGGAAGUGUAUUCCUCGCUCGUGUACAACGGCAUGGGACUGGUGCCGAAGAUCAAGAAGGAAUUGGUGGAGUUAUUGAAGAAGGACGGAUAUCGCAACAUCGCUGACGCUGUUGGAAAGGAUAUCGAUGUUU